CUGAGGAUUGUAACCAGCUCUCUGGAGUAUUGUAUGAUACUACAUCAUGAGUGACAGUAAAUGUGAUAGUCAGUUUUACAGUGUGCAAGUGGCAGACUCAACUUUCACUGUCUUAAAACGUUACCAACAGUUGAAACCAAUUGGCUCUGGGGCCCAAGGAAUUGUUUGUGCUGCUUUUGAUACAGUACUUGGGAUAAAUGUUGCUGUCAAGAAACUAAGCCGUCCAUUUCAAAACCAAACUCAUGCAAAGAGAGCUUAUCGAGAACUUGUCCUCUUAAAAUGUGUCAAUCAUAAAAAUAUAAUAAGUUUGUUAAAUGUGUUUACACCACAAAAAACUCUAGAAGAAUUUCAAGAUGUGUAUUUGGUUAUGGAGUUAAUGGAUGCUAACUUAUGUCAGGUUAUUCAUAUGGAGUUGGACCAUGAAAGAAUGUCCUACCUUCUUUACCAGAUGCUUUGUGGUAUUAAACAUCUGCAUUCAGCUGGCAUAAUUCAUAGAGAUUUGAAACCUAGUAACAUUGUCGUAAAAUCAGACUGCACUCUUAAGAUCCUUGACUUCGGUCUGGCCCGGACAGCAUGCACCAACUUCAUGAUGACUCCCUAUGUGGUAACGCGGUAUUACCGGGCCCCUGAAGUCAUCCUGGGCAUGGGCUACAAAGAGAAUGUGGACAUCUGGUCUGUCGGGUGCAUCAUGGCAGAAAUGGUCCUCCACAAAGUCCUGUUUCCAGGAAGAGACUAUAUUGAUCAGUGGAAUAAAGUUAUUGAGCAGCUGGGAACACCGUCUGCUGAUUUCAUGAAGAAACUUCAGCCAACUGUGAGGAAUUAUGUAGAAAACAGACCAAAGUAUCCUGGAAUAAAAUUUGAAGAACUCUUUCCAGAUUGGAUAUUCCCAUCAGAAUCUGAACGAGACAAAAUAAAAACAAGUCAAGCCAGAGAUUUGUUAUCAAAAAUGUUAGUGAUAGAUCCUGACAAGCGAAUCUCUGUAGAUGAAGCUUUGCGUCACCCCUAUAUUACUGUUUGGUAUGACCCUGCUGAAGCAGAAGCGCCACCACCACAGAUUUAUGAUGCCCAGUUAGAAGAAAGAGAACAUGCAAUUGAAGAAUGGAAAGAGCUAAUUUACAAAGAAGUAAUGGAUUGGGAAGAAAGAAAUAAGAAUGGUGUUGGAAAAGAUCAAUCUUCAGCACAGAUGCAGCAGUAAGUAGCAACGCCACUCCUUCUCAAUCGUCCUCUAUCAAUGACAUUUCAUCCAUGUCCACUGAGCAGACACUGGCCUCAGACACAGACAGCAGUCUGGAUGCCUCAACAGGACCCCUUGAAGGUUGUCGAUGAUAAGUUAAAAAUAACAAGCUUGUUAUCAGUGGAGGAACUCUUGCUUCCGUGGGCCGGAAAUGCUUGGGAAUUGAUGGAACCAAAUAGAAAACUCCAUGUUCUGCAUGUACGAAACACGAUGCCUUGCUCCCUACUCAGUUCUAAUAGGAUUGCCUGCUUAGAUUAUAAAACAAAGCAGAUUAUAUCUGACGAAAGAAGUGUUAAGUCACACUUUUAGAGAUUUUGUUCAGGAUCAUUUCAGGUGAGCAAUUAGAUAGAGGAAUUAUUUUUUAAGUCUUGCGGUAAUAGUGUAACAAUUUCUCAUUCUCAGUAACUGUUGGGACUUAUAUGCAUGUAACCACAGUGCUUGCUCAUGCUGUCUAGUACUUGGAAAUCUGUAUUUAAAUGCCAAAUAAUCUUCCAGCUACUGCUGCUUCUAGAAUUAUCUCUUAAUCCUCUUUAGUAAUUUGGUGACUGUCCAGAAAAAAAUAGAUGUCUGUAUUAAUUGGCCAAUAUCAUACCAUACCUUACCUUCUUCUAUGGAAUGAUUUAUUCUAUCUUUUGUAUUUCAGAAGGAAUAUAAUUAAAUCUAUUUAAUAAAAAAAAAUACAACUUUAUUAAAUUUGUCAUGUUUUGGGCUGAGAAUUUUCACUGCUAAAAUCAAGACUUUGUUUUCUCUAAACUGAGAUGACUGUCCUUUUAACAUUACUGCAUGAUGAAAUUUCUAAGUUUUGUUUUUAUGCUGUUGAAGACAUAUAUAAUUUAAAAUCUUAUCUACCAUCUCUUUUCUUGAUCUUCUAGACUUAUUUAUGUAAAAUGCUACCUUGAACUUUUCCUUCUUUGUUAGCCACAUGACACUACGUGUCAAUAAUAUGAUGGGAGGUCGGUUCUUGGAUCCAUUACUACUGUUAGAGCAGAAUCCUACAAAGUGAUCACCAAAGCAGACGCCAGUCACUUUCGAAGUGCACACUUGCCUUAGACCAGACUGGCUCAGUCCUUUCUUACCUUAUGUAAGGCUUUUAAAGUCAGAUACAUGAUUAACAACAAAGCACCUUUCUCUUUUCCAACACUACAUUCUUACCUGAUUUUCUUUCUUUGUAAAAGAAACCACAUUAAUUCCCCUUUUGGCCUAUUGCAGGAAGCAAGUUUGUUUUCCACUUUGUGGAAGCCUUUUCUUUCCUAAAGGAGAUCCAUGCAUACUCUUGGAAAACACCUUGAGGGGUAUGGGGAAAUAUUCUGGAGAGUAAUAAUUAAUUAUUGAAUAUUUUCUGAUUUAAAACUGCUCACCUGAAAUUGAUACUUUCAGAAGAACACAUAUGGAAGUGAUUCAAAUUCACUAAGAUACUGAGUAUUGAAAUGUCACUGCAGAAAUGGAGUGUGAUGUUCUUGUUUUGGCUACCUGUGCUCAUAAUGCUUUCCCCUUGAGCUUAUUCUGUUAUAGAUUCAUAUCUUGUGUUGAAUUAUUUUGGAAGUUACUGGGUCAAUAUUCUAUGGAAUGUAUUCUGAGGCAGAACAUUCAGAGGAAAGUUAAUAUAAAAAUUACCUAGAAACUGAUUCUCUGCACCAGUUGUAUCUUACUGGUUGGUCUUAUCACUGGAAACUGGAACCCUUGAUGAUCAAAAUUAAUAUUGAAAUGGUUUUAUAUGUGAGGUUAGACACAUUCAGGUACAAGGUGGGAAUACUGACUUGGAUAGAGGCGCAAGCACCUAUUACAUGGUUUGGGGUAUUUUGGCUUUUGGAGACUUGGUGGUAUAGUAGAGCAAGUUAUCACUAUAGGUAGACAAACAUCUUCAAAUGGUUUUCUCAUUAAUAUACAUAAUCUACUACCUUUAGAAAGGAAAAAGAAGAAUGGGGAGUGUUUUAAAAAUGCAUGAUGUGUCCUAGGCUUAUGUAAGUGCUGCCCAGGGAUACUGAGGAAGCAUGUAGCGCCUUCCCCAGACAGCAUCCUUAGUGGAACUCAGUGCCCCACAGAUAGGCCUUCUGCUUGCUCAUUCCUCUGUACUGUCAUAGAGGGCCCCUGCCGUGAUGGUGUGGUCAUGUUUCCUGCCAAGACCACCUCCCAUCAGGUAUACCUUAGCCAGGCCUCAGGGCUGCAGACAGCAAAGCUCCAUAGAAAUACCUCACCCCACUUCAGGAUCCUCCCUCCUGAGCCGAGACAUGCCAGGGUCCUGGUGCAAUGCAGAUGGUUUCAAUGCUGAUGUCAGAUAAAGUUUUGAAAAAUGUACUCAACUUUUUCAUCUUUUCUAUUUUAUUUUUGUAAUUUAUAUUGUACACAACCCUGGAAGUAACUAUUUUGGACACAUAUUUUUAUAAGCCAGGUAAUUUAUUAGUAGCCUGGAAGUUGACUAGGUUUGUUUUGUUUGUUGGCUUAGUUUCCAGUCAAAAAGGAAAUGAUACCCUCCCCCUAUGUCAAGUCUUAAUUUCAAGUGCAGGUUCCAGAGAGCAGACAAAGUCUGUCAGAGUAGGACAGACAGCAGCUUGGGGGCCACAGGCUGCUCAGAGCUUCUCACAGAGAUAGAAGGAGGGCCUGUUCUUGUCUUUAGGACCUGAAACUAAAAGCCACAGUACUGAAAGGAGAAAACCCUUGGCAGAGCCCCUCACUAACUCCCAGAGUCCACAUUUGAAACACCGACUGGGAUACUAGUUUAAUCCAGAUUUGAUGCUGUGUAAGUUGUGGUGAUGAUUUAUGAGUUCAUCUGGUCGCUAUCUGAUGUAAUUCCUCUGGUGUUUCAUACUGAUAGUAAAUACAGGUGUGACAUUUUAGAUUGCAUAUCUCAAAAGUAACAUUGCCUAAUAUUUUAUAAUAAAAUAUAUUAUGUGUGUUUUGAUUGGUAAAAAUAAUACAGAUACAUUUUAAAAGAGAAGUGUAUAGCAUGUCCAAUUUUUGUGUCUCUAAGUGACAAUUGACUGUAUAUUUCUACAUCACCAUCUCUGAUUACAGGUUUAACGUGUACAUGGGUAGAUGUCGGUGUGUCAUCAUUUCAGUCAAUCUGAGCAAAUGUUUUUAAAUUGAAAGGCAAAUGUUGUUACUUCUCCCACGGAAAACUAUUCUGCAAAUUUCAAAUACGUACAAAAUCGAAAAUUCAGAGUGCUGGUGUAAUUAUUUCUCAUACAGUAUAACCAGGAGAAUCCACCAAUCCACCCUUCCUUAUAUUACUUAAAACUUUACUGGUACUUGUGCUGUUAUGGUUUUGUGCACAAGAUGAGUCAUUUUCAUUUUGCUUCUGAUUUGGGGUUACUUUAGGAUGUUCACUACUUAAAAUCACAGGAGUCAUAGGGCCCACCCUCAAGGGCUUGCUUUCUUUUUCUCUGUUUAAAAAGACUAGAAACACCUUAAGUAAAGGAGCAUCCAAUUAUUUUUCAAGGUCUCUGGAGAAGGAAGGAGAACAUUUCUUUUGCUACUGGUCUGGGCUACAUUUCUCUCACUCUUGGCCCACUUUCAAUUUAAACAGUACAGAAAUACUUUCUAUUUAUCGACUGAAGCGGCACCUGUAGGUAGGUAACAUUAUUUGGUGGAAGGAAGGGCAAUGCUUCAAAAUAAUGGAAUGUUGUCCUGAAGAUUGUGUGGAUACAUGUGUGAAUUUGAGCCUCGGGUUACCUUUGACAAUAAGGCAGCUAUUUGAGUUUUUUGUUUGUUUUUAAUCAGGAAAAUUGGUAACAAACUCAGUAAUAAUGAUGACAGAGUGACCAGUCACAUUUCUGUGAGGCCAUAUGUGACCAUGAUUUAAGAGGGACCCACAGCCUCCCUCAGUUCCUGCUCUCACCCACUGGGAACUUGUCUGCUCUGGCCUCAAAGCCUGGGACCACAUGCUCUUUCACAAUUUGAAAGACCAAAGCUUUGAGGCUCAGGGGUCUUUGUGAGCAGGGGUCUUAGCUACUGUCCUUUGCUGCCUGGUUUUCUAGAGUUGAAUGGGAAAAUCCAGAAUGGGUUUUGUCACUCCGGAGGAGCACAGGUCAGGAGGGGAGCAGGUUUGCCCUCUACCUGCUGUGGUGCAGCUGUGAUGAUCUCAUUCAUAUUGUAGUCUUAAAUUCCUUUGAGAAUCUGAUGAAAACAACCCCCUCUCUGCUCCAGGCCCUGGUAGAUACAAUGGUGACAACCCCUUUCUAAAAGCUGCUUCUAGAUUUUUCCUGUUCUUGAAGGGAAACAGAGCUUAGAGGAGACUGUGCUGGUCUUUUCUACUCUUUACCAGCUUUUUGACAUUGGUUUUCACACAGAUGUUGGAUGUAAAGCAGGACAUCUUCACUUUUGGUCAGCAUUAGUGUUUGAUACUAAAAAAAAAAAAAAAGACUAUAGGGGCUUAGUUCCAGUGAAAUGGAUCAUUUUCAUCAUGCUUUCCAUAUGAAAAUUGGUGCAAGUUUGAAAAGUAGGUGCUACCAGCUUAUGGUGAUCAUGGAAACAGGCAUAAUUCAAUGCCUCUUCAUUUCAAAGAAGUAAUAGUUCCAUGCUGAACUUUGGAGUGAACUCUCAUCUUUCACUCAAAUCCCUAUUUUAAAUUAUUGAUUCUUUCAUUAAUAUUUUCUCAGAAAGCCUUCCUAUGACUUUCUUAGACUUUUUUUGCCAUACUUAAAAUUCAUUCUCUCUUACACAUUUAAAUUUCAUAGUAAUAUGAAUGGAGGGGGAAGUUCUCUAUUUCAUUCCUACCUCAUCCAGGGCAGGAAUCACUUGAAGAGCACACUCAGCCCCUGUUCAGAUAGUUGUAAUAAAAGGAGUGCCCUUCCCACUGGCUUUUGUGUACUUUCUCAACUUUGAUAUUAGCAAAUACUUUCUGCAAAUGAACAAAAUCUGGCUCCCACAGCUUCCACCAUGGGUUCCAGACUUUUCUUUUAGAUGAACUUGAGCAAACAUGACCCAUAUUUAUGUAACAGGCUUUACAACAUUGGUUGGAGAGGUAAGCAUAGAAUUGUCCUUCCUUCUACCGGUUAAACUUAAAGUUCUUCUAACUUUCCCUCACUUGAGUCCCCUCCCCACAACCCAGAGCCUCACUACUGUGGUGCAGAAGUAAACAGGAUGUUCCAGAUACAGGCUGAGCAGUACACCUCCAAACAAGCCCCCCAUUAAUCAAUGCAGUCUCAGGUGGCCUUAACAGCCUCAUUGUACUCAGAACCAGAGUCCAUCAAAAUUAAUGUGUUUUGUGAUGUGAUAGUUAAUCCUGUCAUCUUACUGACUGUCCUCUUCCUCUGUAAAAUUGUGACAUCUGUCAGUUUUAUGAGCAUGAAUGCGCCUUUUGAAAAAAUCCAUCCCAGUGGUGAUCAACAGCCUAGAAUGGCAGGACAGAGCCCUCAGGUACAUCCCAGCAGUCACUGUGACUGAGCCCAGGUGACCAGCACUUUGUCCCUGCCUCAGUAGGGCUUCUCAGCUCAACAUCAUCAUCAUUCAGUUCCAGCCUUCUGUUGUUUCUCUGUGAAUAAAGAAGUGGUGUGUUUUGAAGUCUAUGUGGCCAUGAUUCCAUAAAGGUCCAUUCCACCUAACACCAAGCAGCUGUCCUGUGUGUGACCUGACUACAGAACUGUAGUCAGUGACUUCAGAAAUUUGCUCACCAUGAGCAUACUUUACCUAUUUUCAACAAAUAGUAGUCCUGCUAUUUUGUUUUUAUUUAAUUUUAAUCAAGCUAUAGCGCCACAUAAAAUGUC